AUGACGGAUGAUUUGGAUGACGAGCUCCUGGCUUUGGCAGGUGACUCUGAGGAGGAGCACUCACCUCAGCCAGAGGAUAAAGAUGGCUCCCCACGACACUCACGAACUUCCCAUUCACCACCAACUUCACAAAUGAGUCGCAAGGAUACUGGAAGACGUGGAUCCCGGAAGGGAGCAAGAGACGAUCACGAAGAGGAUGGCGAAGUCUCCGAGGCUGAGUCCCACGAUUCACUCCAGUCCGCCCCAAUGUCUGAAUCCGAUUCUGAAGCAGGCGGUGCCUCUGAUGAGGAAGAUCGCCCCAUUUUUCCCUACGAUAAACUCUACUACUCAGCGAAGGAGAAGCAAGAAAUCAUGGCGAUGCCCGAGAUUCAACGUGAGGAGAUGCUCUCCGAGCGCGCUCAACAGGUUGACCGCCACAACCAGGAUCUUGCGCUCCGUCGACUGCUAGCAUCUCGAGAGCGCGAGGAGAAGCGGGCUGCUGCCAAACAGGCUAAACGCAAGGCUGGAUCAGCUGGACUUGACGAGAACCAGCGCAAGAGUUCUCGACAAAAGACGACUCUUGGUGGACGCAAGGUCGGAGAAACCUCUGCUGCCAUCGACGCCUACAAGCGCCAGCGUGAGCAGAAGGGUAAACGUGAUGAGCUUCGUCGUCGUGGCCCUACUACCUCUCGUCGUCGGUCACGCACUCCCGGCUCAGGCGAGUCGGAUGAGGAUGGUGAAGUCGAAAGUGACCUUGAACUUGAUGAUCGUGUUGGUCGUUCACCAUCUAUCCCUAAGGAUGACCCCCCUGCUGAGCUGCGAGACAUCAACCGCGCUCGUGUGGGCCGCACCAACUUUGGACAGGUUUGCUUCUAUCCUGGAUUUGAUGACGCUAUCAUCGGUUGUUAUGCUCGUGUCAACAUUGGGCCAAAUUCGGAGACUGGGCAGAAUGAGUACCGUCUCUGUCUGGUUACAGGAUUCACACAAGGCAAACCAUAUGCAAUUGAAGCACCCAAUGGCCGCUCGUUCGUUACUGAUCAGUACGCCAAGCUGGCACAUGGAAAGGCUGUGCGGGAAUUCCCAUUCAUCGCUUGCUCUGAUUCUGCUUUCACAGAUAGCGAAUACAGCCGGUACCGAAAGACCAUGACUGUUGAGGAUUGCAAAAUGGCUACUCAAACUCAGCUUGCUGGCAAGGUUAACGACAUCAACCGCCUCAUCAACCACCAGUUCACAGCCGAAGAGCUCUCUGAGAAGCUUCGCAAACAAGGUGCCCUUGAUCAAAAGAGGAAUGUCCGAAAACGAUUCGACUUGGAGAGAGAUCUGAAAUUCGCCAAGGUCAAUGGAAACGACGACGAGGCUGAGAAGUUGCAGAAGGAACUUGACGAACUUCUCAACCCCAAACUCUCAUUCGGUACCACUAUGAAUAAACCAGUUGUGGACAAGGGACUCAGCGAAGCCGAGCGUGUGCACCAGAUCAACAUCCGCAACCAGAAACUUAACUACGAGAACGUGCGCCGAGCUCAGAUUGAAGAGCGUAAAGCCGCUCGAAAGGCCGCUGCCGCUGUCGCCCGAGGCGAGGCAGUUGCUGAUCCCUUCAUGCGUGUCCGCACUGUUGCUAAGACUCAUCAUGAUGUGGCUGACAAGCCCGAUGAUAUCCCCAAGCCGGAAGAUGCAGCUCCCAUCAAGGUUGAAGAGUCUAAGCCUGCCGUGGAUGCCCCUAAGACAUCAACACAUAAUCCUGGCCUGACACCAAAGAAGAAGGGCGGUUUCAUGAUCAGCUACCGCAACACUGACGAUGAGAACAUCGCUGCAUUGGAUAUGGAUAUCGACAUCGAUAUCUAA